CAAACGUUAACCUCUCCUUGUCUUCCUUCAUCUUCCACCUCCUUUGCCCCUUUAUCUCCGCCCCGCUACUUGGCAAAUGAAAUGUACUAGCAGAACACAUAAAACCCCUGAGGCCAUUGAAAAGGACUGCUGCUCAUCACAACUGAUGUCGCACACGCCUUAUCUGGCCUUAUGAACAACGAGCACUCCAAGGGGAACUUAGGUGCAUUGACAGGUCCGUCAUACAGCGAUGAAAGCUGCUUCUCGAUACUUCGGGGUCUUUUGGACAUGACCGGAAUAGCCCAACUUUACAGGUAAUAUGUCCCAUGAUCAUCGCGUCUGGAGGUUUGUUCAAUAUAGCCCAAGUCUGCAUCAUGAAGUCGUGUCUACAUCGAAUCAGGCAGCUGAACCCACAGCGGAAUACAGAGCACAAAUUUUCCACGAAAGAAGAUCGCCGGACUGGCAUGACAACGACGAGAUUUGGAUGGCCUCAUUGCAAAUACUCUUUCACUUAUACCACCACCUGAACGAUACCACGUCAGAACACAUUCUUUAAAACUUGCGAAGACCGACCUUGCUGGUUCAGGUCACCCUCCGCUCCUUUCCCACUGUCAUUUCGAGACGAAACUUCUUCGCUCUUAAGCAGCUCUUCGCCUCUUCUAGUUCAGAAACAAACAGGACCAAACCGAUACUUCGGCUAUUUUACUUGUUCCAAAUUGGGGGUACGUUGAUCUUUUUGAGCGCUGAAUAUUUCGACCGCGUCUCUACGAGGACUUGCCAACACGAGGCUUUCACCCUCCUCUAUCAGACACGCGGCUCUCGCGUUCAUCCAGUGAUCCAGCACUGUAGAGCCUGUUCUCUGCUCGAAGUGCCUGAUCCUCGCUGCUCAUCUGAGGGAAACUACCUCUUCGUCAUCUAAUCUCGCCUUGCUUUCUAACUCUCUACUCUCGCCUUUAAUCUACUUUUCUCGCUUGGCUUUGUAUGUCCGGGCUUACUUACGAACAUGUCACGACAACAGUACGAUCACAAUAGUUCUGCGGAGCCUACACCAAAAUCCUCUACCUCACGACGCAGCUGGGAGGCUCAGCGACUCAGUCAAGCACUAUACGGAAGCGAACAAGCAUCUUCAAGUCCUCGAUCUCCGCCGGCUGUACCUUCGUCAAGUUCGGAAGGUUACCCGAGUUGGCUUCCAAGACGUCCUCCCCCACCUGCACCCCGUUCCACUGUGCAUUCUGCUUCAGUGGCCGGUAUGUUCUCAGAGUCAGGACCAAGCGCCGGUGUUCCCGACCCCUUCGUUGGCGGGCGCAAGCCUACCCCACGCUCAGUGCGCAUUGUCAGCUUGCACAACUCGAUGCAAGGUGACAAGGAUCCAUACACACGUCGCGAGCCUACCGAUCAGUCUCGCAUCUCUGCUGCUGCUCACGCUAGGGUGUGGUCCCGUGCUACAAGUGCAGGACUGACACCUACGGUCUUCUCUACGACCCCACUCCAAACGAACGUUCCGAAGGCACGAUUUAGGUCUACGUCAUUUCAUCCAGAACUUUUGCGACACCCAUCGUGGAAGAUGCGUCUCUGCUUCUACUCGUUUCCUAUCUUCGUGCUUGCGCACUUACCUUUACAAACUUUCUUCGACUUCAACGCUGUAUUUAUAUUAUUGCUGGUUGCCAAGUUCCCCAAUCCUGCCGCCCCUGGCGUGCCUGGCACUGGACGGAAUUGGGCUUUGGGCGCUGCUGCUUACAUUGCUUGCUGGUUCACCCAAAUCUUUGUUGUCUUCCUGUUGUACGAACUUGUUUACUCCUUCAUCCGUCGUUGGAGAGUUAAGCGUCCUCUCAUCUUACCUCUGUAUCUCUCGUCUCCUGGUUUUAACUUCGUCUCCAUGACCUCCUACACCAACUUCUGCUUCAUGUAUUUCAUUCGUUCAUCUGCUUUUGCGCCCUUCGCAUCGACUUCAUCAUCUGUCUCUCAGCAUGAGGAACCUCCUCAUAGCGGCAGCCUCCGUGAUGGUCUUGCCGAGACUUUUUACUUCUAUUCUCAGAAUCUCCCAACAGUCGCUCUACUGGCGCCGCGUGCAACACUAUCUCUCGCACUCCUGCUCGCCUUCUCCUCCCCAUUGCCUUUCCCUCAAGGAGAUACAGGUAUCUUCAGUAAACGAGACGGCACGUUCUUCCGAGCGGAGGACGGAACGUUAACUAGUUAUGCUAGAGGAGUACUCAUCGCUAACGCUGCUUGGACAGCCUGGCGAAUCCUCGUACUACUGGUUAGCUGGAUUGGCCUAUGGGUCCUGAGCGGACAAGGCUGCGCCGGUCUCUGUGGGCCUCGAUAUAGAUGGGAAGAAGAAGAUAUGGCAGACCAUACCGCUGGUCCUUACUCCUUUGCGGAUAACGCCUCAGGUCACUUGGAUGCGCCUCUUCCUUGGACUUGGAGAGAAAUUACUGUGGUGCGAGUGUACGAGGCUUGGGACUUUUGUCUGACGAAUAAGAUGCCUUUGCGGUCUGGUCGUGAGCUGAGCGAAAAGACAGAUGAUGGAGAGCGAGGUAUGGCGUUUGAGGGCAUGGAUAAGGUAUUCGCUGCUGUCGGUUUGGGCGGAUCUCCUCAUCCUGCUCGGAGAGGUGUUCUAUCUGGAGAGUUAUUCGAAACCCCACAACAUGAUGAGAAGGAGGAAGCCGAUAUCGUACCUACGGAGAAAACGCAAGCCAGUGUCACACCUCCCCCUGCUGCACAAACAAGGGAGAAGAGAACGGGGUCAGCUGGCACAUCUGGACCUCUGAUGAAAUUACCCUAUCCAUUCACCGGACAUGGUGCUCAAGUAUCAUCAGAAGAUGUUGUUCCCUUCCCUCCAUCUCCCGUUCCAGCAGACGAGCAUUCAGGAGAGACGGCGGAUGAAGAGGUAGAAGAGGGAGAGGCGGAAGUGGAAGGCACCGAGUCUGGUGAUGAUGUUCCGUCCUCUGGGCGUCGAACUUCGGAGUCAAUGUCGAGUCUUGGUCGCCCGAUAACCUCUCGGUAUCCCUUCCAACAUCGCCGUCCCGGACGAGGUGGCAGUAUGUCCUCUGCCUCGCAGUUGGCACCUCCGACCAAUGUAUCCACUCCGAUAUCUCAUCACACUCACUCCUCCAACCCCUCGAGUUCUACUCAGUCUGAUUCAACGCGAAACUCGAGAUUCACUCAGUCCACUGGGAAUCGGGAGUCGUCGGACUCUCCGAUGUCAGCGGGGAGCUUGAGUCCAAUUCCUAUGCCCCCGGGGCACCCACGGGCACGUAGAACGAGAGCGGGAACAGUGCCUGCGUUUGGUUCGCCGCAAACGUCACCAUCUCCCGUGGCAUUCCCACUCGGCAGACCUCGUGCGCGUACUCGUACUGAGAGUUUGGCGACUGAAGCAUCUUCCACAUUCGGCGCAGGACCUAUUCCUCUGCCUGCAUUUGACUAUUCGGACGAAGAGGACGACGGUCACUACCAUCGGAACGAUGAGUCUCUGAUGGAUGUACCUGAAGCUGAAGGAAGUGUAGAGGAAGCGGAACAGCACGAUAGCGUUGGCUUACUCUCCGUUGGACCAAGUCCUCGGACGUCCUUGGUGAAUCUCCAUCAGUUUGGAAGCAGAAUGUCUCUUCAUCGACGAGCGACUGGAUCUCGGUCACGUUCCACUCACUCUCGUUCGAUGUCACGAUCGAGAACAAAUUCGGCAACUUCACGUUCGGACUCUGCUCGUUCCAGAGCACAAAGUCUCAUUCAGUCUCUGAAUGCCGCUUCAAGGAGUUCUUUAGACGUAGUGAGGUCUCGAGCUAGCUCGAUGGCGCGGUUGAGCGACUCACCGUAUUACUCGACUUCUCCCGAUCCCAUGCCCAGCAGUCCAGAGAACUACACGUUCGGUCACCCCAUGCGAGAGCAGUGGCGUGCAGCCGAAUCUUCUCGUCCGGAGAGCAGGCGAGACGACAUAUCUGAGGCGAUGGCGAUCCCUCUACCUCCCUCGGAGUCUAGUUCUUCAUCGGACUCGAGUUCAGAUGGCGGUUCUGAUGUGCAGGAUACUCUGCAUCAGGGAUAUCAACCUGCAUUGCGACCAGCACCAUCUGAUCUUUCGGGACACGCACCUUCUGAGCAGCAGCCAGAACGCAGCGGUGACACCCAACGCCUUCGGGUUCCUAUCCCCAUACCUGGGCCCCCACGUCAAGGUCGACCGUACUCCGAUAGCCAACCUGAUAUAAGUACGGCCAAUCCAUCGUUCGUCACUGCUCCUGCAACGAUCGAAGGACGCACGGAUACAUCUGGUCGCACACCGUCAAGCUGGGGUGGGAUAGAGCAUUAUGCCCCAGGCGGAACGUUGCCUCCUGCGUGAUAUCGUUUGUGCCUCGAGGAACUCACAUGGUGUUGUACUAACUACCCUCUGCCCUUGGCAUGGACCUCAUUUAUCGUAUUACAUUCAUCUGUAUAUUAUUCGUUCAUUAUGGUGUUUGGUGUGCGUAUAAUCACUGAACUAUCUCUUGCUACUUUCGGAUCCAUGCUUUGCAUCUUCACCUUAAAUUACAUAUCCCUGUUUACCCUUCAGCCGCCUUUCCCCUUGCGAAACCUUAAUUCACGCUCAUGAUCGUAGUAGGUAGUACUCGAGCAUAACUCUUUGAUGUGUGCCAAAAUAUACCUUCUACUUCCGUCCAACCAAGCGAGCUGUGAAUCGCAUUCCUUAUAAUCGUAAAGCAAUUGUGUUCAAGUAAUUUGUGAGGCUACAAUUGAGUAUCUGCACUUAAUGACUCUCGGAGUAGGCACAACAAUAAAGGUCAAAUGGUGUAAACAAGGA